GAUGGAGGAUGUGUUUGAAGAAGAGGUGGAGGAUGAGGAUGAAGAAUCUUUAAUUAAGAUUCCUUCACGAAGACGUGUUAAGGCUGUGAAUCAUAAAGGACUUAAAAAUGAGACAAGACCUGUAAAUGCUGACAAUGAAGCUAAAGUUGAAAGUUCUUCUAGGCAAAUCACAAUGAGGCAGAACAGCUGUUCAAACGAAAACCAGUCAAAUAAUCAGAUGAUUCUGCGUCGAAAUGUUACACCUGGUGAAGGACAACGCAAUCAAAUACAUGAUGUCUCAUCCGAUACGACACAAAAUGAAGAAACAGCAAAUUUGGACUAUGUGGAGGCUAGCGAUGAUGAUGAUCGAUAUUUGAGAGCUAGUUUACGUGAAGAAAGUUUGGAUGAUUUUUUCUCAAAUGAUAAGGAUCCUGCAAAGCCUGACGAAACGUAUGUUAUUAAAGAAGUUGAGGACACUAAUGCGCAAGAUUUAAAUGAAAUUGCAACUGAGGUUAAGAAUGAAUUGAUGAGUGAUGCGGAAGAAGAAUCGGAGGAAGUUGAAGAAGAGACAGAUGUGCAACAAGCAAUUAUGCAAAAUUCUGUUAUUAUUGUGAAACAAGAAGAGAAUUACGAUGCGUUUUCUAAUAAUGUUGGGAUGCAAAAUGUUCAGAUGAGUAAUAGUGUUAUUAUCUGUGAUCCAACAGAACAUCAAGAAAGUAGUAGUGCGACGUCUUCCAAUGAGCCUCUUCCUGAUCUUCACCACGACAUACCUCUUCCACCAGCGCCUAUUAAUCCUCGAUUACAACUUUCAACAAUGAGUACUUCUUCAUCUUUGCCUGUUUACUCUAAAAAUUCAUCAUUAAAAUGUGCUCUACGUAAUAAAUCAACUGUUUCUGCCAAGGCAAUUGCUCCUAAAGAUCAGAGUUGUUCAAAUACUGACAUGGAAACUGAAGGAGGUAGUUCGAAAAGGCAAAGACUGGAUUUAGUCGAGCAACCCAGAGAUUUGAAGGAAUCAGUUGACGACGAUUAUAGUGAAUUCAGUGGUCCUCAACAGUCAAAACCUCCUUGGCAUGUGGAUGUGGAUCCAAUUUUGGUCAAUAAUACUGGUGCAACAGAAAUGUCUGACCCUUCUUCGUCCAACAAUAAGACGGGGUAUUCAUCAAAGAUCAAAAAGUAUCGUCGGGCUGAUUAUCUAAAGGAGCAGAAAGCUAAGAGGAAGGAGAUGAAACAGGGUCGAAAUGUCAACUUUUUUCGUGAUAAUGAUAAAGAAACCUCCUUACAAGUGACUGUACGCAAUUUUGUCAUUGAGGAAGGAAAUGUCUUUAAACGUUAUGAUUAUGUAAACGAAUGUAAGAACAGACCUUUGGGCCAAAUACCAGCAGUAGAUCCAUCUAAUAUUGGACACAGAAAAUUAACUAGGAAAUUGAAAGCUGAGAUUAAAGCUCUGGCAGCUGAUGUUCUCUGCAGAGCCAGAAAUGUCGUCGAACAAAAUCUUGCUGAUAAGUUUGUUGCUCCUGCUGAUAGACUCUGUCGGAUUUCUCGUCUUUUUGUGACAGACUCCAUGCUCGCAGGAGUUAAAGACGAAGUAUUUAGGAAUAUGUAUAUCUUUCGUUUGGAUUUUCACAAACAUAUGGAGUUUGUUUUUUUUUCCAGAAAAUAUUUUAACGUUAAUUUUUCUUUUAGCUUGUUUAUUUCACAAUUGGAUGUUCUGCAUCAGUUUAUUUUGAAUCAGCUUUGCGCAUUUGAAUUCAGCUAUGUCUUCAUACUUUAUGGAUACGACCUUAUUAAUCAAGAGGGAACUCCUUCUCUGGAUUCAACUAUUAAACUCAAAAAGUGGUUUGAGGAAAAUUUGAGUGGAUAUAAUUUGCAGAAGAGUAAAGAAGAUUGUGUUUACCAAUAUUCAAUUCCUCAAUUUGUUGUCGUCACUAUUCCGGAACUCGGCAGCCAUGCUGAACAAAUCAGGGCUUACAAUAAUGAAUUGAGAAUUCAUGUGGAAAAUAAACAGCGAGAUUGUCUUAAUGGAAUGUUUGGCGAUUUUAUUUUGCUUGACUGGGCUCAGUUAAUGAUUGAGAAUGGUUCAAAUUCGGAUGAAUUGGCUAUCAAUGUAUUAGUGCGGAAGUUAAUAGAUUUUGGUGUUCUCUUCAAAUGA